AUGGAAAUGGUCAUAAAUCGAUGCCCCAUCCCUGUUUCGGUCGUAGGCUUCGGCUCCAGCGCCCGAACCUUCCACCUUCCUUUCAUCCUCUCCCUCCCAGAUCACUUCAAGCUUCAUUCCAUUCAGCAGCGCCCUGGCUCCAAAUCAGGCCCGCCCGCAAGUAGUACGCAUCCAGAUGUGGCCAUUGCCUCCUCCUUUGAAGAAGUCAUUUCUGGCCCGACUGCCCUGCCCAAGCCGGGACUGGUGGUGAUCACCACGUCCAAUGCCACGCACUUUCCCUUUGCCAAGGCAGCCCUGCAGGCAGGGUACCACGUCAUCGUCGAGAAGCCCAUCACUUGGCGUGUGUCUGAAGCUGAAGAGCUGGUGAGCCUCUCUGCCUCUCUAGGUCUGGUGUGCGCUUCCUUCAACAACAGGAGAUGGGACUGCGAUUUCCUCACUGUCAAGAGCUUGCUCGCUCCGCCUGUUGCCAACCCGGAACAGCCUAGCGCCUUGGGUACACCGGUCUACUAUGAGAGUAGGUUUGACCGAUUCAGACCUUGGAGCAAAGGUGGUUGGAGAGAGGAGAGUGGGUUUGAUGAAGGAGGUGGACUCCUGCUGGACUUGGGCAGCCAUCUAGCCGAUCAGCUGAUAUCCCUCUUUGGACCGCCCAAGACGAUCACUGCCUUUGUGACCAAUCAGCGUGGCCAGCUCUCAGCAAACGUAGACGACGACUUCCUGAUCAUUGCCCAGUACCCUCCCACUCGGCCUCUACCACCCGACGAGCCAGGCGCCGGAUCUCGUCUUUCCGGCCUUCGAGCUGUGCUCGGAGCAACUGUCCUCUCCACCCACAUUGAUGCUGAGCAGCCUCGCUUCCGUAUCGAGGGCAACCGAGGCAGCUACGAGAAGCGUGGGACAGACCCGCAAGAGAAUCAACUCAAGAAGGGCUGGACACCAGCUAAGCAAGGUCAGGCAUUUGGAGUUUACGAGGAGCACGAACCGCCGGCGAUCAAGCUCGGAAGGCUCACCACUUCCCUCGACGCCGGCAGCGAAGCAGUCAACUCCGGUUCUGGUGCACCAGGUGCCGCGCCUGUCCAGCCCAAGCUGGCAGUGAAUGAUGUGCCGACAUUGCCGGGAUUGUACGCAAUCAAGGCGGGGGAGAGUGCGAGGAAUGGAAGUGGGUCUGUAGAGGCGGCGUAUAGGGCCAUUGACCAGGUGCUGGUGGUCAAGCCCCAGGAGGCGGCACAGUGCAUCAAGUUCCUCAACUUGGCACGGCAGAGCGCUUUGGAGGGAAGGACAAUCGAGUGGGAGUGAAUGUAGGAAAAGGUAAAGGGAUUGAGACGCUGGUGAUGGCAAAGGGGCCAGAAGGCAAAGGCAGACAGACUGUCUCUCUCAUACUGCGAUUUGCACUCUUCCCCCUCGUUGCCUAUCUCUCCAUAAUCGCCUCGCUUCUCUCUCCUCUAAUCCGUGCCAGCCAUCUAUUCACACAAAUACAGUCUCUCGUUUCUGCUUUUUGAAUGUGAUCUCAUUUGCGAGUCGAGCCUUUGUACAAAGACGCCGACGAUCAGCAGAGCAUCACCGUCAGGAUGGUGAAGAGGCGUGUAGUAAUCUUACAAGCGGGAAGGAAAGCUGAUGUUGAAGGUGGUGAUGAUGAAGAGCUAGAGCCAGAUGCAACGAGAACGGAUGAGAUGACGGGAGAAGAGCAGAGAGACAGACGGUAAUCGCCCGCGCCA